AUGGCAAACACAGCUCAUUAUGCGGAACUGGAACAUCUCGUCCGCCAUGUCGAAACAAGCGUAUCUAGAGUGAUGAGGAAGAAGAAGUCUACAUUACGGAAAAAGCUCACUAGGUUAGUGAAUGAACAACGCGAUAAGCAGACCGCUGUCGCAUUCGACUUUGAAUUCUUUCCUAAUACGAAGUCUAGAGCGUUGGUGGUGCUAUCUAGAGAACCAGUCCUGAGUGGUGUUAGUGGCAGUGGCAGUGACCAAGCUCUGUUAGAUUACUACAGACACCAGUUGGAUCUCUUCUCCAACAUGUGCCUCAACAGACAAUACCUCGCUCUCAACAAUCUCUCUCCCCAUCUUGACAUCGACCUCAUACUCAAAUGUAUGGCUGAUGAGAAUGUACCAUAUGAGCUGCGUGCCUCGUUUUGCCGCUUGAUGCUGCAUCUCCACGUAGACAGAGAUCCUCAAGAGCCUGUCACGCCUGUCAAAUACGCUCGCCUCUGGUCUGAGAUACCAUCUAAAAUGUCCAUCAACGACUACGACAACAACAGAACCCCAGACCCAAACAAAGAGGCUGUGAGAGCAAAGUUCAGUUCAACCAUCCUGUUUGUGGAAGACUAUUUGUGCAAUGUUGUUGCUAAGAUGUGGACAUUUGCGGACCAGUCUCAAAACAAGCUUACAUUUGAGGUAGUUAAACUGGCCAGAGAUCUGAUCUACUUUGGGUUCUACAGCUUCAGUGACCUCCUACGGUUGACCAAGACUCUUCUCUCCAUUCUCGACUGUGUGUCUGAAAAUGACUUUGUCAAAGGAAAGAUCCCCACAGGUGAAAUACACUCGACCAUGGACAUUGAUGUGGAAGAAACUACUGCCGAGGGAGGAGUCUUGCGUAGCAUUGGAGACAUGGGUGCCGUUGUCACAGGACUUACUCUCGGUGCCACCAGCAUCAACCGUGCGUCCAUACCCAAUGCUGUACAGAAGAAGUCCAACCAGCUCAAGAAAGAGUUCCCACUCGUCAUGGACACUAAACUCAAAAUCAUAGAAAUUUUACAAUUUAUCCUGGACGUACGGCUGGAUUAUCGCAUCAGCUGUCUUCUCUCUAUUUUCAAACGUGAGUUUGAUGGCACGGACAAAUCAUCAGGGGACGUUAACAUGGGACAAAAGGCCAUCGAUCUCGAGCUCAUUGGCACCCAAGCUGAAGGAAUAUUUGGCAACAGUGACGAGUGUGCUGCCCUUGACUUGGAUGGCCACGGAGGUAGAAUGUUUCUGAGAGUCCUGUUACACCUAACAAUGCACGACUACCCUCCCUUGGUGUCUGGCGCACUUCAUCUACUGUUCCGUCACUUUAGUCAGCGCCAGGAGGUGCUUCAGGCAUUCAAACAGGUCCAACUUCUCGUUUCUGACAGUGAUGUAGAAUCUUACAAGCAGAUCAAAUCUGACCUAGAUGUCCUACGUCAGUCGGUAGAGAAGAGUGAACUGUGGGUGUACAAGUCACGCAGCAGUGAGGAGGCUGGGAAGAAAGCCAAGGAAGAUGAUGAUGAAGGAGGCGGAGAGGUUAAGAGUUCUGCUCCCAAUCUCUCACAGGUGGGAAAACAAAAUUCAGCUGUUGAUUUAGAUGUGGGACCUCCACUUCAUAGUGAUCAAGCAGAAGAAUAUAGGAAAAUACAACAGAUUUUGAUCCGAAUGAACAAGCUGUGUGUAACACCUGGAGGACCGGGACAGCUUCCAAAGCCUCGUAAGCAUGAACAGCGACUGCUUCGUAACGUAGGAGUUCACACCGUGGUUUUGGACCUUCUACAGGUCCCUUAUGAUGCAAAGGAAGACGUUCGUAUGAACAAACUCAUGGCCCUCGCUCACGAGUUUCUGCAAAACUUCUGUCUCGGCAAUCAGCAAAACCAAGUUUUGCUGCAUAAGCAACUCGAUCUCUUCUUGAAUCCUGGUAUAAGGGAAGCUCAAACCCUAUGCAGCAUAUUUCAAGAUAACUCAACUCUUUGCAAUGAAGUAAAUGAGAAAGUAAUUCAACAUUUUAUUCAUUGCAUCGAGACCCAUGGCCGACACGUUCAGUAUUUGAAGUUCUUCCAAACGAUCGUAAAAGCAGAAAACCAGUUCAUCCGCAGAUGUCAAGACAUGGUUAUGCAAGAGCUAGUGAAUGCGGGUGAAGAUGUGUUGGUUUUCUACAAUGAUAAGUCCUCGUUCUCUCAUUUUGUUUCCAUGAUGAGAUCCGAACGCCAUCGUAUGGACGAAAGCAGUGCCCUCAGGUACAGUUGUAAAUAG